UCUAAGCUCUACUGGGCGCUAAUUGUAGUGCGCUUGCGCCUUGCCCUUGGCGGCAUGGUUGCUAGGAAACCGCGAAGCCGCGGUCCAAGCUUCAAGUCUCUCUCGACCAUGGCCAAAUUCGUCAUUGCGGGUAGAGCAGAUUGUCCAUAUUAUGCUAAAACAGAACUUCUGGCAGACUAUUUACAAGAGAAUCUUCCUGAUUUUCGGGUACAUAAAAUCACACAACAUCCUGAGGUUUGGGAGGAUUGGCUAAAAGAUGUGUGUGAAAAGAAUAAGUGGAGUCACAAGAAUUCCCCCAUCAUCUGGAGAGAGCUGUUGGAUCGUGGAGGAAAGGGUUUGCUUUUGGGAGGAUAUAAUGAGUUCCUGGAGCAUGCCCAGCUUUACUAUAAUGUCACCUCUAGCAUGACGACUGAGCUGAUGAAGGUAAUUGCUCAAGAGAACCUGGGGACACAUAUGGAAAAAGAGCAGGAGGAGGAAGCCCUGAAAACUUGCGUCAACUCCUUGCAGGUCUGGAUCACCAGUGCCUCUGCUCCUGCCUGCUACAACCUAAUUCCCAUAUUAACGAGUGGUGAAGUGUUUGGGAUGCAAACAGAAAUUAGCAUAACUCUAUUUGACAACAAGCAGGCUGAAGAGCAUCUCAAAAGUCUGGUGAUGGAGACCCAGGACCUGGUGUCACCAGUCCUGCGCAGCAUCUCCAUUUGUACGAAGGUAGAAGAGGCCUUCCGUCAGGCCCAGGUCAUUGUGGUGCUGGACGACACCACCGACAAGGAGGUGUUCACUCUGGAGGACUGCCUCCGACACAGGGUGCCUCUGAGCAGGCUCUACGGGUACCUGAUAGAGAAAAAUGCUGAUGAAUCCGUCAGAGUCAUCGUGGGAGGGAAAACCUUCGUGAACCUGAAGACGGUUUUACUCAUGAGAUACGCCCCACGCAUCGCACACAACAUUAUUGCGGUGGCACUGGGGGUGGAAGGUGAAGCGAAAGCCGUACUGGCCAGAAAACUGAAGACAACUCCCUCAUACAUUAAAGAUGUGAUAAUUUGGGGUAAUAUCAGUGGAAAUAAUUACGUUGAUCUGAGAAAAACAAAGGUGUACAGAUAUGAGAGUGCCAUUUGGGGACCUCUUCAUUAUUCACGCCCUCUUUUAGACUUGAUUUUUGACAGUGAAUGGGUAAAAAGAGAAUUUGUGGCAACUCUUAAAAACUUAACUGCCACAGGAAGACAAUUUGGAGGCAUUUUGGCUGCACACAGUAUAGCCACUACAUUGAAAUACUGGUACCACGGCUCACCACCUGGGGAGAUUGUAUCUUUAGGAAUAUUGAGUGAAGGCCAGUUUGGUAUUCCUGAAGGGAUCGUCUUCUCUAUGCCUGUGAAAUUUGAGAAUGGAACUUGGGUGGUUCUUACAGAUCUCAAAGAUAUUGAAAUAAGUGAACAAAUAAUGACCAGAAUGACAAGUGAUCUAAUUCAGGAGAAACUUGUUGCACUUGGAGACAAGAUACAUUUUCAGCCAUGUCAAUCAGAAACUGAACAACAUAAAAAAGAUAAAAGAAUCUCCUUACACAUCUCAGAUGACAGCCAGGAAGCACAGGUCUCAGAUGCAGCAGAUUUGCAAAAUCUGAGUCCUCAAACCACCUUUGAAAAGCCACAGUCUUGAGUUCCUAAAUGACUUUGAAAGCAAAACUGUGGAACCCUAACAGAUCAAAUUGGGUGAAAUACAUAAUUACUUAGUAGCAUAAUAAAUACAGAAAGAAUUUAUAUGAAUGUUUAUAUUUAGGGAAGAAUAAUUUGAAAGAUUUACAUCAGUCUUAGAUAAUACCAUGCAAGGCAAUUAAAUCACUGUGACAGCACAAAGGUCAAAGUUCAGUUAUUUUGCAUUACUGUAUCCACUCAUGUUCAUUUAAUAAUAAUUGGACUUUUCUCAGAAAUAUCUUGGUGUCAAAUGCAUUUUUUAUAGUACAUUAAAAUAGAGUUGUCAGUCAUUGCAUCUGCCCAUACGUCUUCUGAAAGAACUUCCUUCUGCCAGCCAUACCUAACACCUGCACCUAAGUGGCCAUGUUUGCUCAACUGUACUCACCACCUUGGCUUCAACUAAUUAGGCCAAACAGAUGCACCUCACUCAAGGAGAGCAAUCAUAUUUUCUCUCUCUCAAAAAAUUUGAACUGAGACCAAUGAGUAAGUUGGUAUCUGGGUCAGGUUAAUGGUAGUGAACGAUGUGCCUGUGAACUCUUCAGAGCUGGUUGGGUUCACCACCUUCAUAAGGACCUGUCUCUGUACCAUUUUUCCUUGGAUGUGCUUUGUAUAAGGGUCUAAACAAUAAAUCACACUUUUUUAAAGCUUA